AUGAGGACUACGAUUCUACUGCUCUGUCUUCUAGGAUCAACUCAGUCAUUACCAAAGCAACUUAACCCUGCUUCAGGACUUCCACCAACCAAACCUGCUCCAGAUCAGGUGAUGCUGGUCAAACAGCAGCUGCCAAGCCAGGUCCUUCCUUCUUUAAGUCUGAUUCCAUUAACACAAGUGCUUGCCCUCGGGGCAGACCUGCAGUUGAUCAGCCCUUCUACAGGGGUGGCACCUGGUACUCAAACCCGCCCAGUGAGCCUGGGGGCACUGAAUGGACAACAGCAGUUGCAACCCCAAAUGUUACCAAUUAUUGUGGCACAACUUGGAGCCCAGGGUACUCUCCUAAGCUCAGAGGAACUGCCAUUGGCCUCACAAGUCUUCACAGGCCUCUUCCUCCAUCCCUUGUUCCCUGGAAGCAUACUGCCCACCAAUCAAGCAGGGAGCAAUCCUGAUGCUCAGAAAGGAGUUCUUCCUGCAGGACAGACAGGAACCAUUCAGGGAACAACUGAGGGCCACAUACCAGUGUCCACAGAUGACGACUUUGCAAUGACCACUCCUGCGGGCCUCCGGAAGGGUGCGCACACUACUGGGGAAACCACGCCAGAAUCAACAAGUGGGAAAAAACAGUCCCUAGAUUUGGUCAUAGUUACUAUUCCAAAGGACAGACACUACUGUUCAAAACUUCUGAGAAAUAAUAUAGAAAUAACACAGACUGAGGAAAUGGCUCAGCAGAUGAAAUGCUUGCAUUCGUCCUUCAGUUUGGACCUCCAGAACCCAUACGGAGCUGAAUACUGCAGCUGA